UUUUUUUUUUUUUUUUUUAUAUAUAUAUAACUGUCCAUUAUUUUUUUUUCCGCUUUUUUUCUCUCUCUCGUUUUAAAGAUAUAUAUAUAUAUAUAUACUAUGCCCAUGCAACCUGAAAAGAGACAUUUAAAAGAAGAAUCAGGCGAUAGUUCUUCUGUAACUACACCACCUGUCUCUAGACCUCCUUUAAAGAAACGAUUUACAGGAUCUUAUCAUAUCCAACCUGUGACGCCUACUGAACCUAAUGUGGAACCCAUUCCAGCAACACCAUCACCACCAGUACCAGUACCUUCUAUUAUCUCUGACAAUGUGGAUUAUACAAAAACUGAAUUGUUACAACAUAUGCGUACAGAAAAGGAUAAACUACAUCAUGAUGAGAAACAAUUAGAAAAAACACAUGAGAGAUACAUUGAUCGAGAAAUACAGCAAAGUUUGCUACGUAUCGACUGGAGUUUGAUUCAAUCCGAAAUUACUUUUAUGGCCAAACUCUUGGUGGCUGUUGAUACACCACCACCACCAGCCAUUCCUGUUCGUAAAAUGACACUGGAUCAACAAAAAGAAUGGAACGACACCAACCAAAUGGCCAUAAAACAACUCUGCACAAAAGUAUGGACUCGUCUUCAGACAUGGACUCAACAACUCGAGCUGAUGGAACACAAUUUCCGUGCACAAGACGACACGAUGCUUCAACAAGUGAUUGUAUCGGACUGGCUGAAAGAUGAAAUCAAAGAGUUGGGUGUUGCUUAUAAACGAGGUCAACAUGUCAUGAUGGAUCUUCAGAAACACUUGAACAGCCUACUUGAUCAAACAGAUGUCGUCAAAGGCAAUGUACAGAUGGUCAAAACCGAAUUAGAUGCAUCUGUUGAACGAUUGGAACACGGUCUUCAUGAACUCCAUGCCGUAUGGAAACGACACGACAGGGCCAAGAGUAAAGUGGUGGCUGCUUUACGGUUUGGUGGGUUAGGGGACAUGGCGCACGAACCCACGUUAACAGAAGCCAACCAAGUCGCACCAAAAGAAGAAGAGACACAAGCAGUUCAAGAUCAACCCCCAGAACAUCCAUUGGAAGAACAAAAACUGAUCUUGUCACUCAGAGAAAAAGAAUUCGACACACUGAAACGAGAACGACAGAUUUUGUUGCGAGAAGAAGAGCGUCUGUUGAAUUUGUUUACGAUGGGAGAAGAUCGUCUUGCUGAAACAGAGUAUGUCAAGACACUCAAACUCAAUAUUGAACAUUACCGAGAUCGCUGUUUUCAUCUGGAUCAGCGUCGUGUGGAGAUGGAACGAGAGACAGACAAGAUCACGUCUGCACGUCAACAAUUAGUGGAACAAGUCAAGUCUGAGAAAGUGGCUCAAGGCAUAGCCAUGGAAGCAGAGAUGCGCCGAUUAGAGAAUGAUUUGACUCGUAUCCGAGGCCAACGUGAUCAUUUUCAAUUGUUGGUGGAUGAACAGAAAUCAAAAGAGACAAGAGAGAAAGAAAUGCAAGACAAGAUCGUGUCGUUUGCGAAUCAAGGUAAAAUGCGUGUAGCCGCUCUUUUGUCUCGCAUUGAGAAAUUGAAGGCAGAGCAAGAAGUGGCUGGACCAUUUGCCAAAGAAGCCAACACAUUUAAUCAACUAAAAGAAAACUUGAGUCAUAUGCGUGUCUUAUUGUCUAGUCUAGAGAUGAUUGAAAAGAAAGAAUCGUGUGGUGAUGUAUCUACCAAUCGAGAGGGUUUUAUGCGUUGGAAGACGCAUCCUUUGAUCGAGACAUUUGAUGCACUAUGGAUGGAAUCACAGCAGUCUUCAUUGAUGAUUGAAUUCCUUGAAAAGAACGAGAGUCAUUUACUAGAAGAAAUUGACCGAGUAGCCAGUAUUUACAACAAAUUAGAAGAACAACAACAAAAGAAACUAUAUGAUAUUGCACAUAAACGAGAACAAGCUUCUAAACUACAAGCAGAGAAACUAAAAUAUGCUCAAACAUUCCACCAAUUGAUGAAUGAUAAAGAAAAGCUCAUCAUGACAGUCACUAAACUAAGAUCAACAAAAGAUGCUCGUCAAGAAGUGAUUAAACAACUAGAAGAGAAAGAAAAGACACUUGAACGUCAAAGCGAAAAAGAAGAAAAGAUUUGUAAAUUAAAACGAACCAUAGAAGAAGACAAGACAGACUUAGAAGACAUUAAUCAUUUAUGUGAAGAUUACCGUAUUUCUAUUGAACAUAAUGAACUCAUGUUGAAUGAAUUACAAAAAAUGCUAAAAGAAAAGACAAAAGCAUUUGAAGAUGAAAAGCAACUUCAGACACAGGCAGAAGAAACCUAUGAAAAACUAAAGAAGAAAUGGGACAAGAUUGCACAAGGCGACAAUCCAGCAGAACAACAAUUGAUUGACGAAUGUGAAGAAUUAAGAGCAUUAUUAAAAUGCAGUACUUGUCGUCAAAGGUUCAGAACACAUAUUCUAACACGAUGCAUGCAUACAUUCUGUAAACAUUGUAUUGAUGCAAGACUAGAGACAAGACAGAGAAGAUGCCCUACCUGUAGUGAACCCUUUGGUGCAAAUGAUGUUAAAAACUUUUACCUGUAAUAAACCUAUAUAUUUAUAUUUAUUUUUC